AUGGUUAAGAAUCUAUUGGUGUUCGGAGGUAGCGGUUUCCUGGGCCGUCGCAUCUGCCAGACUGCUGUCGAAAAUGGUUAUGAAGUUACAUCUCUAACUCGGUCAGGAACAGCUCCUAGGGCAAAGGCUUCGUGGGAGAAAGAAUGGAUUGGACAAGUUAAAUGGCGUCAUUGCGAUGUGUUGAACCCUAAGACCUACUCUCAGUGUUUAGAAAGUGCCGACAAUGUCGUCCAUAGCAUUGGUAUCUUGUUAGAAGACUCCAGCUACAAAGCUCAGCUAAACGGGAAAGUGGCCUUUGAUGCCAAAAAAAUGCUACAAUGGGGAUCUAAUCCAAUGAAGAAUAACCCCAACUUCACCUACGAAGUUAUGAACAAGCAAAGUGCCUUGACCCUGGCUCAGGAAUUUGCCAAAAUUCAUCGCAACGCGGGCACUGGUCUUAGGAGAACCAUGACUUAUGUUUCGGCAGACAGGUCGUUUCCUGGCAUUCCAAAUGGGUACAUUGAGUCUAAAAGAGCAGCUGAAGCUGGAAUCAUGAGACUAGAGCAAGAACUAAGACCUAUUCUAUUACGUCCGGGGUUCAUGUUCGAUGAGCUAGACACAUCCUUGGGAAAACUAGAAUUCAGGUCGCAAGUGAAAAACUUGCUCGACCUUGCCAAUUGGAGCAAUAGUAAGAUACUGGGUCGUCGCAUAGAAUGUGUCAAUCAGCUUUUCAGACCCACUGUCUCGACCCAACAAGUGAGUAGGGCCUUACUGCAGAAAAUCGAAGAUCCUAUAUUCGAAGGUGUGGUCAGCCUGGAGCAGAUAAUCAAGGGGUGA